GGGUUUUCCGGGUAGAACGAAAAACAGCUGAACCACCGGCACUAAAAUUUAGUUUAAAAAAUAAGUUACGUUUAAAUAUUAAGCACAAUGCUGCGUAUGAUCCAGAAAAGAACUAGUCUCAUAAAGCUUCUGGUGCCAGGGCCACGACUGCACCAAACUGUUGCGCAAACGGCGAUAAAGGAAAUUCCUGCGAUUAAACCAACAAGUAUCUCAAAGAGCGACAAAAUCGUGGGCAAAUGGUUCCUCGGCGUCAGCGGCAUGGUGUUUGUGGCCGUCGGCCUAGGUGGCGUAACCAGGCUAACAGAGUCCGGGUUGUCCAUGGUGACUUGGAAGCUGACGGGCGAACGCAUGCCCAGGACGCAGGAGGAGUGGGUGCAGGAAUUCACAAAGUACCAGCAAUAUCCAGAGUAUAAGCUGAAAAAUGUAAACAUGACCGUCGACGAGUUCAAGUUUAUAUUCAUGAUGGAGUACAUCCACAGGAUGUGGGGUCGUGCAAUCGGCGGCUUCUUCCUUCUGCCUGCCGCCUACUUUUGGAAAAAAGGCUACUUCUGUGCAAAGACCAAGAAAAGCGUCCUUCUCCUGGGCACACUGAUCGGUCUCCAAGGCCUAAUGGGCUGGUACAUGGUCAAGUCUGGCCUGGAGGAUAGGUUCCAGGAUCCGAACGACGUCCCUCGCGUGUCCCAAUACAGGCUGGCCUCCCACCUGGCCGCCGCCUUCGUUCUGUACGCCCUUUCGCUGUCCAAGGCCAUGUCCAUGCUGAUGCCAGCCAACACAUUUGUGAUCCAGGCCAAGAGCGCAUUUAACAUAAAAGGUCUGUCGCAUCUCACAAAGGCUAUGGUCCUCUUGACCGCCAUUUCGGGAGCCUUUGUGGCCGGCCUGGACGCUGGUCUGGUGUACAACUCCUUCCCCAAGAUGGGCGACAAGUGGAUACCCGACGACAUGUGGCAGUUCCAGCCGCUGCAAAGGAAUAUAACCGAGAAUCCGACGACAGUGCAGUUCAACCAUCGCAUCUUGGGCAUCAGCACGGUGACGCUGACCACAGCCCUCUGGCUGGUCACCAGACGGAUGCGGCUGCAGCUGCCCAAGCGGGCCAACUGGGCCAUCAAUGCGGUGGUGGCGAUGGCCUGGACACAAGCCACUCUGGGCGUGACUACCCUGCUCACGUAUGUGCCCGUGCCCCUGGCCACCGCCCAUCAGUCCGGAUCGUUGAUCCUGCUUAGCUUCGCCCUGUGGCUGUCGCAUGAGGUUCGCCUGCUGAAGUACCUGCCGAAGUAGCGGCGAAUAAAGAGUUGUUUGGUUUUCUA